GAGGUUGUUUAAUGACGCUGAUUCACAUAGAGCAGUAACGGCACAGAACAGUGUAUUGCUUGACAAUUGUGUUUUAACCAAGAGUGUGUAUGGUUCUGAAAAGGGGGAAAUUAAGUACAAUAGUAAAUGGCAGGUAUAGACUUAAUACAACCUCCAAUUACAUUACAUAUUGUAGCAAUAUUAUUUAUAGCUUAUCUGCUGCACAUGCCAAUACAACCUAAUGACAUGGCUGUGACUUCACUAAUGAAUGAUCAGAGGUGUGCAACUACAGUACACAAUACUACUGAGCAGCACCAUCAUCCUUACACAACUGCAUGAACUUGAAUGUAUUAUGCAUCCACAAGGCUCAUUGCUAACAAAAUACACACAUAAUCUAUACAGUAUACAUCCAUAUAACCACUGGGCAUAAGAGUAGACACUGAAAUGCUAAAUGUCUGAAAUGAGAUGACAGAAACAACAGGGUUAGAAAGUUUACAGUUACUAGCUCGCGGUAAAAACGCGAUUUAGCAUAACAAAGGAGUGCGUCCACAACACAUAAUUGUAAGAAAUAUGAAAUCACAUUUCUGAAGGACGCACACUGGCCUUGGCUAAAACAAAGAACACGAACUAAAGGUAAUCACAGGAGAUGGCUGGAAUUUAUCGCGACACCCAGCCUCAUAUAAAUAAGAAUUUGUUCUCAACUGACUUGCCUAGUUAAAUAAAAAAAUAAAAAAUAUAUGCAUAUACUGUACCUUAUACCAUCUAUUGCACCUUGACUAUGCCGCUCGGCAGUCGCUCAUCCAUAUGUACAUUUUCGUAUUCCAUCCCUUUAGAUAUGUGUGUAUUAGGAUGGAGAAUUGUUAGAUUACUUGUUAAUUGUUAGAUUACUUGUUAUUACUGCACUGUCGGAACCAGCAACACAAGCAUUUCGCUACACUCGCAUUAACAUCUGCUAACCAUGUGUACGUGACCAAUAAUAUUUGAUUUGACUUAUCACGCCUUCUGUACUUUCUCUCCUUACUACCUUCUCCUCAGUUAGAGAUCACCCAGCAUGCUCUGCUCCCGGUGGGCGGGAGUCUCAAUAGUCUUUCGUACUGAGGUGUUUGUUCUGUUUUCGCAGUCGGUUGAGACAUAUAAUACUCUUGAAUACAGACUGGGUGUCAUGUUUUGGCUGAUAAAUGUAAUAAAAUGUGAAUGUACAUUUCAACUUUCAAAUGAUACCACAAAGAUGGUUGGAGGUCCACACAUCAGAGAAUGUUGACUUGAGUGGGAAUAUCCAUUGUUAUACACUUAGCUGUCAAUCUUUCAUAGGUAACCUAUUGAAAUCAUAGAAAUAUAGAUAAUAUAAUAGACCUUCCUAUUCAAGUUGACUUUCCAUGUUGGGUGGACCAGCAGCCAUAUUUCUGGUAGUACUAGACAGUUAAAAAUUAAAUUUACAUGUGAAUGGUGUAGCAGCUAAAUUGCAGUGGUCUGAAGGGAUAGGUUCAUUCUAUUCAUAUUUGUAUUAUUAUUAUUGAAAUGACACCUAGCCUGUAUUCGAGAGUAUGCUGUGUCUCAACCGAUGACUGGCAUAACACAGACACAUCAGAUAGUGUAAAAUAGUGUCUAAACUACAACAUGUGAAACUUAUAAAAAUCGUAAUUUAUGCGUUUUUAGAUAAUUGACGUUAAAGGUUUAAAAAAAAAAGAACAUUUUAUAUUUAAAAACUUUUCCCCCCAAGAAAUCAUAGAAUAGUUUGACAACCCUGUUGAUAGGCUUUCAAAUGAUAUCCACCUCAACCAUUUACCUUUUUCAGUAAUUAAGACAUGGCUUUACACAAUUACUGUUGCUGUUUACGCAAUCCAAUAACAGUCCAUUAUAAAUCGCAAUCUGGGUCAGAUGGGCAUAAUUUGAAAGGUUGUUCUAUUGCCAACAUGACUAGCUAAAUUAUAAAAUACGAUUUUACAAUAUUAGGCUUUCACAAGGAAAUUCAGCGAAUUUUGGAGAACAUAGACUGGAAUCAUGAGUGCAUAAAGAUUCGACCUGGCCUUAUUUAGAAUCUAAUUAUUUCACUCAUCCCUGUUUAAGACAUUAGAGACUUGAAGAAGACCAGAACGGAGGUUGGAGGUUGCAGCUUGAGUGUCAAUAGACCUAAUUGAGGUGAAGAAGGGGGUAAAUAGCAAGUGGAUGACAAAGCAUUUUGACAUCCCUGUGUGAAAUGCUCGCCCGGCAUCAUCUGACUAUGGAAGAUGGACCACAACUGGUCUGAAUGAUGAGCACAAAUCCUCUUCAAUAUGAACAUUUAAUGAGUGAAGAGAGUGAUGGUGUAGGUCUAUUGGGACACAUUUUUGGAUGAGCUGGUUUCAAAACGAAUAUGCUCUUCUUUUUUUCCUUCUUUUCUUUUCAGAAAAUAAACUAUAUGAAGAAAACGGUAGCAUUGUUAUUUACGAGGCAAACUACCGCGACCAAAAUACAGAACACGUCACUUCCAACAUUAAAUCUCCAUGGCAACAUCGCAACCAACGUCACAUCUGUAACUCCACAGCUGUCGAACGUCAACACGAAUCACUACUCAUGUCACGUGUUUAUCCUGGGCGGUUCUUAAACUCUCCGUUACAUGACCGUUGUCAUUUCUUCUUGGUGCAGAGCAUAAAUCAUCCGUGGUAUGUGACGGUCCAAACACAACGAUCAUCAAUUUAAUUGGCACGAGGUAAAGCAAAAAGAGCAAAGUAAUCAAAGGGAAAGGAAAUAUUUCCGAAGAUUUGUUUCCAGAGGACUCUUGCUCGCGGUAGCAAAGAGAGAGCACGAACAGUGGGUUUGCGUUGUUUCUAGCAAAGCUAGCUCACAGACCGUCCUGCAUUCCUGUCUCUGGGUCGUGUGCAUGCUGUUGUGAUUCGCAUUGGCAAACAACCGAAUAAAAAAUAUGAAACAACACAACCGCAAACAACCCUUGUUCCUGGCGUUCAUCACGUUUUUAGCGGUCACGUUGCAUCAGAGCUUUGCUGCCACUGACGUCCCGCCCACUGCUGCUGCCCCUCAAACCACGGCUCCACCUCCUGCGCCCCCAGCCCGGCCUGAGAGGGGCAACUACACUGUAACCAAUGGCAAUGGGACCGUCUGUCUGAUGGCCCGCAUGGGACUGCAGCUCAACAUCCGCUUCAGCUCUGCCUCUCUCAAUAAUACUGUGCAAGACGUGUUGAACCUCCAGCCCAACGUGACUAAGAGCUCAGGGUCAUGUGACUCGGACAGUGCCACCCUGCUGCUGAUGGCUGAGGAGAAAACCAACCUCACCUUUGUUUUCUCCCUGAAUGCCACGUCCAGUAAGUACCACCUGAGUGGAGUGACUCUGUCUGCAGCCUGGCCGGACAUGAGUGAGCCCUUCUCAGCCAGUAACAGUAGUCUGGACUACCUGCGUGGUACCCUGGGGCGUAGUUACAUGUGUCGUGAGGAGCAGACUCUGGCUGUGGCUGUGAACUUCUCUCUCAACACCUUCCAGCUGCAGGUGCAGCCCUUCGGCCUAACCGGGGACCAGUUUGGAGCAGCGGAGGAGUGUCAGCUGGAUGAGGAUGACAUGUUGAUCCCCAUCAUCGUGGGCACUGCGCUGGCCAGCCUGGUCCUCAUCGUUCUUGUGGCCUACCUUAUCGGCAGGAAGAGGAGCCACGCCGGGUACCAGACUAUCUGAGAUUACUUCCUGUCAAUUGACCCCCCCGAUUGACUGAACCUCACUCCGACCCUCAACUGAACUUCCCCAACCCCAUUCAGUUGGUCAUACCGUAGAAUCCUUGCUGCCACCUCCUCCCCUUUGUACUUACUUACUCCACGUUGGGUCUCCAUGGGGUUGAUUUGCACUUUCAGAACUGAACUGCUACUUUGUAUGCUGACAGAUUGUAAUGACAUAACGAAACAUUCAACACAGUCACUCAACACUGCAGGAGGGGAUGGUGUGGUGGCGUGCUCAUAACCAUAUGCUGAAUAAUAAUCCACACUCUGCGUAGCCUAAGGUAUUUUUAUCAUGCUUCCGUUUUACUGGUGUCUGACAUGGGAAUUCUGAGGGAUUGUUUGUUUACAAGCAUUGCUGCUGCUGUUUUCAAUGGCUUUUUCUGUUUUUGAUGGUGGCCAUUGUCAGUCACAUAAUAGUCACUGUUACCCUUGUGUGAAGGGAAUAUUAUGACUGUAGCUGGCUGCUCCCCUCUCUCAACCAAUGAAAGUGAACUUGUUGCAUAAUGUUUGCGACAUCAUUGAAUAUGGAGUUGAUGGAAGUUGCCUCUAACCGCUGGUCCAGGGUCAGAUAUUUUUGUAUCCUGUUUCUUAGGAGCUGAGUAAUCUGACCUUAGAUCUGUGGUUAGGGGCUUAGCUUGGGACUGGAGGUCAGCUGCAGAUUGGGAAUGGUAGUGUUUGUCAAUCCAUAGGGGCACAUUUAGUUUACUUUGGGUUCCCCUCGGAAUGGAUUGAGGAACAAGGAUGAAGGUAAUUGGAUGGUAAAGCAGUUGUCUGCAGAGAGAGGGACUCAUUAAUUUAUGGUGAUCAAAGUCCACAAACCACCCUAUAACCCCUAAAUAACUUGGAAUCUCCACUUUGUCUGAUUAGUACAUUUGUUGGGCUAGAGGUUGUUUCUGGACCAGGCCUCAGAUUUUUUUUUCAAUGAUUCUAAGAGGGAAUGUGAAACUGAAUUGACAGAACGAGCAUCACACACUACACUAGAAUGAAGGGACGUGGUGGGCGUGUGCUCUACUUAGACAUUGGUAUUACAGUGCACUGUACCAUGGCUGUUAUGAAACAUGACUACCAUGUUACUACCUAAUUGAUUGUGCCAAUUCUUUCCCCGUAGCAAUGACUUAAACCUGGUUUUAUGACUACUGGUACUACCAAUUAGUUACAUUAAGACAGAUUUUUGUUGGUACUUCCAGUGAUUAUAUUAAGGCGAUAAGUAAAUUGACAUGGUGCUCACAAAGGCCGAAUACUAGUUUAAAAUGUAAUUGGACAUUUAAGUGAAUAGUUAUGUUGUUUUCUCAAGUUAGGAUUCAGGCUAUUAUAGUUAGAACAAUUUAAGGGAGUUGGCGUUACUGUCCAUAGUACAACACCAUUUUAGAGAGGAAUACUACAUCUUAAAUGCCCGUGCCAAAUGGAAUCUGUGCCUCCCCACUUGCAAGGAUGGGAUCUAUGCCAAUUAUAGUUUCUCUCAAUUAUGUCUCAAAUUACACCCUAUUCCCCAUGUAGUGCACAUCUUCAUUGGGGACAUACCCUUUCUAUCUACACAGCAUGUGACCUUGUUAGGGACAUUCCCUUUGUUGAUUUGCCUGGCCUAUUGAAUGCUCAUAGAUGAUGCAUUGUUUGUAGUGAAACGGGGAAGUGAAAAGGAUGUGAACUUUCACUCCACCCCUCAUUUAGAAGUGUUAAUAUUCUUAUGUAGUGAUUCAGGGCUGGA